UGGCGUCAUUGAACGGCUGUAACGGGCAGUACUUUGCAAGGAAAGGAGAAUGGAUACUUGUCUAAAAUUAGAGUAAUUUGCAUUUAUAGCCAACGUUGCCAUACUCUUCUACACUGGGACUCAGCCUGUGAUUCAGGAAAACAUGAAAUUUAUUUUUAGAGUUCUUUUUUCUUAAUUACAGUGAUCCUUGUCGUUUAUAUUAUGAAAGAUAGAUGUCGCGCUUCGAUGCGCUAUGUUUUGUUCGUGAUAUGCCGGACAUUCAAAUUCCCGCUGGAGUUGCGAGCCGUCGAUAUGUGUCAUUAAUUUUUAAAAUGAUCCAUGUUUGUUUAAGAUCAACGAGCAAGCGAAAUUUUAUUCAAGAAAAUGUUAGGCAGUUGCGAACCUUACAGAAAUCGUGGAAUAAAAAAGAGAAAAGCACCGAACCACCUCCAAAGCCAAAUAAAUAUCAACAUAUCACAGCUAAAGUUCCUGCACAUAUAACAGCUAGUGCUACUUUAAAACCGAAGGAUUCAUCUGCACACCCAGUCGAAAGGACAAGGAAUGGUACUAUUCCCACUAGGUCAUCCUUUAGUUCAGGUUUAUCAACUGGACAUAGUGGUGGCACUGCCCAAAGUAGAUCAAGUACAAGAUUGUUGUCCAAAGCAAUGCCUGCAAGGAAAUCUCGAAUAUAUCCACUUUCAGCUGGUAAUAAGUCAAAUACACUAGAGAGGGAGAUUCCCAACAAACCUGUGAGUAAUGGUGCUGUAUUUCAUGGAAAAAAAACAAAUUCUGUUUCAAAAAGUUUAUCAGCUGUGUCUCUUUCUGGGUCAGAAGUACCAAAGGAGAGCUCUGACGUGAUGCAUCGUGCUGUGUCUGAAAAUUCCAUAUCUGUUGAGCCUGUUCGAAGUUUGGGAUGUCAGACUGUAGCUCCUGAAGACAAAGACGGCAUAUUCAACGAUGGAGUUAUAAAGUACCCAUCAACUUGCUGUUUGGGUGUCAUACAAACAGAAGCACCGUGCAAAGCUGGACGCCCCCCUACCUGUGAUUCAGCUCAACAGACUGAAAUCUUUUCACGGGUUUCAUCGUGCAUUUCAUCAACUAGCCCCACUCGCCCGAGUACUGUUCCUCUAGAUAAUGCAUCUUCAAGCUCAAAACCACUAUGCAAUAAAGUGUCUCCACCUGCUCAUGAGCGGCUUUUGCAACGUUUUAAAGAUAUGUCUAUUGGUGCUGGAAAGAACCAAGCUUCUGCUGUGAUGAAUUUAAAAAACAACAGUCAAAAGAGGGGCCGAAACAAAGACAGAAUAGCAGAUAUCCUACGAAAUCAGUCUUCAGAAAUUGAUAAACCCCCUUCCCAAGAAUCUCCAAUAUCUGAUCCUGCAUGUCCCAUAGGACAUGUUCCUCUUCCAGAAACUGAAAGACUUGAAACAUUAAGGAUACUACAAAAAAGUUAUGAAGACUAUAUCAGGCAAUUAAAUUCUUUGCCAGUAAAAACUGAUACCUUAAAAAUGAAGUUAAGGAAGAUAGACCUUGAGAAACAACUGAAUAAAUUGGAAGAAGGUAUAAAGGUAUUUUCGAGGCCCAAAGUGUUUAUUAAAAUGGAUGGAUGAAAUGGAAAGAUUUCCUUAUAAAAAAAAUUUGCAUUUAAUUUUUAUUAAAUAGGUGCUAUUGUAUUAUUAAGACAUAGUAUUUUUGUAUGUUGCUGAAAUUUUAUUUCAUUCAAGUCUAACAAAAAUGUUUCUGGUUUCUAGUACAAAGGCUUAUUUAGAAAGAAAAAAAAAGCAUAAUGCAGAACUUUGUUUUCAGGCACAAGACUGAUAGAUAGAAUAUAUAUAUUUUUGCAUUCUAGUGACCUACGCUAAUCAUUUUUUAAAUUUAUUGUUCAAAAUAAAAUAGCUAACAUCAAAAUAGUUCAGGCGUGAGCUUGGUUUGAGUUGUGAAGUCAUGCGUUUUGUGAUGUUAUUAUGGGGACCAUAAAAGUUUUUUCAGUAUUUUUAUUUCUUUGUAAUAUCAGAAGUGUUCAUUUAAAAGGUUUAAUGAUGUAUUAGUGUUUUAAAGAGAUGUACCAUUACCUUGAUGAAAAGACCCUAGGAUCAUGUCUUGUUGUAUGAGUUUCUUUCUAAAUCUUAUGUUUGUUUUCUUAAAUUAGAGAACUUAGUUUACAACUCCACUUAUUGUGAUAUUCAGUUCAUUCUUGUAGUUUAUUAAAAAAUAUAGCCUUAAGACAUAAUUUUGUGUGUGAUCAGUUCCGUCCACAAUCUUGCCCUUACAUUUUCGUAAAUUGGAGGACUUUGUUUGUGACUACACUAAUUGUUAUAUUUAGUAAAUUGUUGUUUGAAAAAAGGGAAAGAGAGAGAACAAUUGACAAUGGACAUGUCCAUCGUUUAUUUGGACAUAGUCACUGAUUAAUACUUCAGUGAAGUGAAUAUUAUAUAUAAAAUAUUUGAAGCUGAAUAAGAGUUAAUAAUAAAAUGAGUCUGGGCAAGAUUGUUGUAAAUCUAUGUAUCAUAAUGUUGUACUGUUUUUCAACACUAUCAAUUAAGUGAUCGAUUUUAAAUGUUAUUUUAUAAAAUAUAUUUAUUUCACUAUAUAUUAGUAAUUUUUUUACAUCCCUUAUUGUGUCCAAUUUAAUGCAUUUUGCUUGUAGUACAGUUUUGAUGUUUGUCAGACAAAUCUUAACUCUUAACCCUGUUCAAUACAUAGAUAAAUAAUUAUGACAGAAUACUCUCCUAAAUAGAACUGUUUACAAAACUGCUAUGUAAAAUGUUUUGGAAUUUUAUUUUUUUAAUUGUUAUUCCCUUGCCGGAUUUGUAAACAUUACAUCAUUGUUAAAAGGCGGUUCAAACGUUACGUGCAAUUUAUGAAACAGAUCGGAAUAUAUAGAAUAGGCGAGGGAGUUUCCUCAUGUGAGGGAGAACUAGAAAAUGGAAUGCUUGGGUAGCAUUUUGACCAGAACUGGAUUUUAAAUUCAAGGAGCCAUAAGCAUGGUCAUUCAAAUAAUAAAUACAAUAUUGAAGUUACUGAAGUAACAAUGUAAAUCAAAAACGUAAUUUUAUCAAAAUAGGUUCUAUGUAAAUGUAUUUUUAAAUCAUUGUCUAUAUUUUUGAGACAAAAAUUCUAUUAGGACAUCAAAUCAUCAGAAUGGAGCAAAGCAGCCAAAUUGAGCACAACAAAGAGAAAAUCUCUCUCCUGAAACUUGGUGCUCCCUUAAAGGAAGGUUUAUUCUUUUCAAUUGAAAUUACCAAUACGUAAUCAUGCAAGUUAGGAAAAUGUGCAUUGCAAAUUCCACUUGUGGAAGCAGACUGAAUUCUGGCUUUCACGAAAGUGCAGUGCAAGAAUUAUUGAAAUAAUUUUUUUAGAGCUUGCAAAAGUGUGUCCCAAAGAUUUAGCUUUUUAAACUUAUACUAAAUACAGCAUGGCUAGUGAGAAUUGCAUAGAGGAAUGCAGGACCAAAUGAAUAAAAGUAAAAGGAAAAAUACAAUUGGUGCAGUUUGUACUGAGGGAAGAUGAAAGCAAUGAGAUACUUUAAAGUUAGUACACAAAUAAGUGUACAAGAAAACUAAUACUGUAUUGCAAUAAAAAUCAUACAUAAACACCUUCUGUAUAAUUACUUAUCUCUACAACUUAACUUGCAUAAACAAUGCAUAACUGUCUUAUAUACAAAUAAUUCAACAAAGCACUUAGUACUACUGGCAAUGUUAUUUGUAUAAGAAUUAUAGUUAUGACUUCAUAUGCUACUCCAAAAUGGAAUAGAAGUAUUUCAAGGCAACAUGCUAAAGGCAAAAUCAUUAUCAACUAGGUAACGAAGAUGUCAAAACGUAUUAUAAUUUCUUUAAAAAUGGACUUUUGAUAACCUAAUUAACUUAUUCAUUCUAAUAAAAGGAUUAUAAACUAACAAUACAUUGAUUUCAUCUUUAACCAUCAAAUUAACAUUUUAUACACUAACAUCAUUAAACUGGACUGUAAGUUACAGUUACAAUAAUUCAUAAAAAUAGAUCUGUUUGAUUGGCACAAGCCAUUUCUGUCCUAGGGUAAAAUUUGAGCCCAUUUCUGGGCACCUAAUAUUAUAAGAGUACUUACAUAAGAUUGUGAUCUUUGGUAACUUGUGAAGCAAUGAAAAGUUCAUUUAAAAUACAGCUUUGUGCAAGUUAAAUGCAUUUGCAACCAACCUUCCCAAUUUAACAUGCAUUGAAAUUGCUGAUGUUUCCUUUGGUGUCUGAUGACUACAAUAAAACAGCGAAAAUCAAAAUGUACUACAUUGUCAAUUAGUAAAUUGGUUUUUGUAAAUCAAGUUGGGAAACGAUGAACAAAUCUAUCUUCAUCGAACAUUAUAGUUUCGUUGCUGACCACUUUAGCUACCCUUUCUUUCCAACCAUCCACGUUAAAUCCAGGAAAGAAAAAAUCUAUCUCACGAGCAGCAGAUGUCUCAGAAUCUGAACCAUGAACAGCAUUACGGGUGUCAGACAGCCCAUGCUCUCCUCUAAUGGUUGCAGGUUGUGUGAAUUGUGCCAUGUACACUUUUGUUGGCCCCAUCAGCUCCCGCCAGCUUUGAAUUGCAUUAUCUUUGGCUAAGAUAUGUACAUGCAAAGGCCCACUGUAAAAUUAACCUCGUAAGACUACAUUCAAUGUAGAAAUGAAUUAAUUUUUAGAGAAUAUCAUCACCUGCUCAUGAGAGUUACUAAUCUAUUGUAAAAGAAUUUUUGUUUAUGUUCUCCAUAAAAUCUCUCUGCAUCUGCUUUGGCCAACAUGACUUCUUUUGUAUUUAAGACGUAAAAGUUAUUGGAUAUUAUUUUUCUCCGGAUGCUGUGCAAAGCAGAAGGCAUUUUCACUGCAUGAGGUUUUAUAAUCGCCAAAGUGAGUUGAAAACAUUUCGUCAUAGCACGCUUGAUACUCAUUUCAAAAUACCAUCCAUUCCAUUUAACCAAAUGGGAGUAACCUAGGCGUAACACAUAUCGUUCUUGAUCUUUCCUGCCGGUAACAUAACCCACGUGUGAACCAGGGUCGGUUCA